GGGGAAAUGAGCCAGCAGCGAGGUCCGUGUCCGUGUUGGUCUCGAUCUGCGAUCUCUCGUCUCUCGUCUCAUUUCACUUUGCGUUACCGGUGGAUCAUUAGUAAACUGGCGACGUAAUAAGCGUUGGUUACUUGGCCGGACUUCACGAAAUACGGUAGAUGCUACUGUAAGGACUAGGCACGAAACAGGACAACCCGAUGAUGCAGCAGCAGCAGCCAGUGAUGGAGGAGGGGACGGCGUACGAGCCACCUACGUAUGAUGAAACAUUCCCAGUCCUUCCAGGAUCAGCAUCCAACUCGAAUAAUCCUCAUGCUCAGCCUAUCAACAAUAGAAUGCGUGUUGGAUGUUCUGUCGUUACUCAAGUUUUUCAUGUGCCCCUGGAAGAGCGUAAAUUCGAUCACAGUGACAAAUUCGGUGAAGGCGAGUCAAUGAGGACAUGUCAGGCGAUAAUGCGGGAGACUCACGCCCACAUUGAGAUGUGCUCGUCGAAGAAUCAAUCGUUGACUUUUGUUUUGAAUGGCAAAAUCAAUGAGGUGCUCGAGGCGAAACGUCGUAUCUUGGCGACUUUUCAGACUCAAGCUAGCAAACAAAUAUCCAUUCCUAAAGAGCAUCAUCGUUGGAUACUCGGCAAGCAAAGAUCACGCUUGAAUGAGCUUGAAAUAAAAACUGCAACAAAAAUUAGUCUACCCGGUGUUGAUGUACAAUCUGAUAUUAUUACUAUUACCGGCACUAAAGAAGGAAUUGAAAAAGCCGAACACGAAAUCAAAGUCAUUUCUGACGAGCAGUCGAGAAAAGCGUUCGAACGGAUAACCGUGCCAAAGAUUUACCAUCCGUUCAUAUGCGGCGCUCACAAUGAGAAACUUAGUGCCAUGAUUGCCGAAACAGGGGCAAGAAUAAAUAUUCCACCACCUUCCGUCCAAAACGACGAUAUAACCAUUGCCGGCGAAAAGGAGGGUGUCGCAGCAGCCAAACGAAUGAUUGAGAACAUUUACAAUGACAUGGAAAAGAGGUGUACGACUGUUUCCGUGGAGGUGCCAAAAUCCCAGCACAAGUACGUUGUUGGUCCUCGCAAUAGUACAAUCGCCGAAAUUCUACAAUUGACCGGUGUCAGCGUUGAAAUGCCACCAAACGAUUCUCCCAUAGGAACCAUUAAGUUACGAGGACCUCAGGAAAAAUUGGGCCAAGCUCUGAACACCGUAUAUGAGAAAGCGAACAGCGUUCGCACAGCCGUUGUUGAAGCUCCAUCAUGGAUUCACAAGUAUAUAAUCGGUAGAAAAGGUGCCAACAUAAAAAAAUUGACCGGUGAUUUGCCCAAGGUCCAUGUUGAGUUUACGAUGAAAGAUGAUAAAAUAAAAAUCGAAGGACCGCCCGAAGAUGUGGAAAAAGCGAAAUUGGAGUUGGACACCGUUGCCCAUGAUCUCAUGAGCAAACUCACGUUCGUCGACCUUCAAGUUGACCCGAAAUACUUUAAAUACAUUAUAGGAAAAAACGGCGCAAAUAUAAAUCGAUUGAAGGAGGAAACGGGGGUUGAUCUAAAUUUCUCUGAAGUGGGUGGUUCUAAAAUGAUUCGGAUCGAAGGAAAUCCGGAAGGUGUGAGAGAAGCUGAAACGAAACUUAUGGAUAUGGUCAAAAAGUUAGACAACGAGAAAGAAAAAGAUGUAAUAAUCGAUCAUCGUUACUACGCGAGUAUAAUAGGAAGCAAAGGUGACAACAUCAAAGAAAUUCGUGACAAAUUCAAUAACGUACAAAUUACGAUUCCCGGACCGGGUGAGAAGGACGAUAUCGUUAAAAUUCGAGGUCCCAAAGAGGACGUCGACAAGUGCCAUAAACAUUUGAUGCAGCUCGUCAAGGAACUUGACGAGAAUACCCAUGUUCUCGAAUUCCCGAUAUUCAAACAGUUUCACAAAUUCGUUAUCGGCCGUGGGGGUGGAAAUAUCCGCAAGAUUCGAGAGGAAACUCAUACGAAAAUUGACUUACCAGCCGAGGGAGUCAAAAGCGAGGUGAUCACAAUAACUGGAAAGAAAAAAAAUGUCGAGGAAGCGAGGGACAAAAUUCAAAAAAUUCAAAACGAAUUGAGCAACAUUGUAACCGAAGAAAUAUCUAUUCCUCCGAAAUUUUACAACUCUCUCAUCGGUAUCGGUGGCAAACUCAUACAUUCAAUAAUGGAAGAUUGCGGAGGUGUUACUAUCAAAUUUCCACCGGCAGAUAGUAAAAGCGACAAGGUGAGCAUCAAAGGACCCAAGGACGAUGUUGAAAAGGCCAAACAGCAAUUGCUCGAACAAACGAAUGAGAAACAAUUAGCCAGUUUUACGGACACUGUGCGUGCCAAUCCUGUACAUCACAAAUUUAUCAUUGGCAAACACGGUGCCAAUAUUAAAAAGAUUAGAGAAUCAACAGGAGCUCGCAUAGUUUUUCCCACUGAUAAAGAUGAGGACAACGAGCUGAUAACGGUGAUCGGAAAGAAGGAUGCCGUGGAAAAAGCAAAGGCCGAACUGGAAGCAAUGAUUAAAGACAUUAACAACAGCGUUGAGGAUGAGAUCUGCAUUGAUCCAAAACACCAUAGGCAUUUCGUUGCACGUAGGGGCGGAGUUUUGUAUCGUAUAGCCGACGAAUGUGGUGGCGUGCAAAUAUCAUUUCCACGAGCCGGUGUUGACAGCGAUAAAGUUACGCUGAAGGGACCUCGUGAUUGUAUCGAAGCUGCAAAACAACGAAUGCGAGAAAUUGUGCAAGAACUGGAAUCCAUGGUGACCGUAGAGUGUGUCAUUCCCCAAAAACACCAUCGAACAGUGAUGGGAUCAAGGGGUUCCAAAGUUCAAAAUAUAACGUCUGAAUUUGACGUACAAAUAAAAUUCCCGGAGAGAGAACAACACGACGAAAACAACACGAAUAACGCGGAGAAUCCGCAGGUGAACGGCGAUGAAAACGGCGAGACUGUUCAAACAUCAGAAAACCCAUUGCCUUGCGAUAUCGUUCGGAUUACCGGACAACCGGAAAAAGUAGAGGCUGCGAAACAAGCGCUUCUUGAUCUUGUGCCGGUUGUUAUCGAGGUUGAGGUACCUUUUGACCUCCAUCGCCUCAUUAUCGGACGUUCCGGUCGAGACGUGCGUACUUUAAUGUCAAAAUACGAUGUUCACAUCACUCUCUCCUCGGCCGAAGAAAAACAAGAUUUGAUCAAGAUCAUAGGCACAAAGUCUUGCGUCGAAGAAGCCAAAGAGGCGAUCCUUGAAAGGUGCCGCGAUCUUGAGGCUCAAAAACAAGAACGUGAACUCAAAUCUUACGAGCUGAAGCUCGAAGUUGAUCCAGAAUAUCAUCCGAAAUUAAUCGGUCGUCGUGGUGCUGUUAUCAAGAAAAUCCGUACAGACCACGACGUUCAAGUGAAUUUCCCCCACAAGGGAGAUCCGGAUGAACAUAUCAUAACCAUAACCGGCUUCGAGAAAAACGCUCACGAUGCGCGUGACGAGAUAAUGAAAAUAGUUAAUGAAUUGAAUGGAUUGACCAAGGAAGAAAUAAGCAUAAACUCUGCAGUCCAUUCUCGUCUCAUAGGCGCAAGAGGCAAAAACAUACGAAAAAUUAUGGAAGAUUUCAAAGUCGACAUAAACUUCCCCCGAAAAGAUGACAGCGAUCCUGACCUCGUGACUAUUAUAGGACCCGAGGAUAACGUCGCUGACGCCAAGGAUCAUCUUCUCAAUCUCGAAGACGAAUAUUUGCAAGAUCUUGAAGACAAAGACGCAUUAAAUUCGUUUUUGGUGAACAAACGGAAAACUGGACGAGAACAUGGUAACAGCGAGAGUGAUCCCGGCUUCGUAGUCAAAGGUGGGCCAUGGGAGCAAGAGGGUUCAAAAAUAGCACCGAAUACAGCGAGCGUUGAAGAUUUCCCAAGCUUCCGUGGUCAUGAUUCGAGUCAGCCACCAAUUUCGACACCCGAUGGUCCUUGGGGUAAGCGUUAAGAACGCGGCUCGCAUCGACAAAUCUUCGGUCAACGAAAUUUUUUCCACUCUUUUAUUUACUCUUGCUCCCUCUCUCUCUUUUUCUUUCUACCAAUCUGUCAGUCUCUUUUUGCCCCGAAUAACAAUUAACGAUAGCGGAAAAACGGGCCUCGAGAAAUUUUCACGAGCUUCAAACUCCUCUGACAAUGAUAAUAACGAAAAAGAAGAACUAAAAGAAAAAACGCAAAGGAUGAACAUUUACUACUUGCAAUUUACCGAUCCAUCGCUGACUGUGCUGCUGCAGGCAUAAACACGACCUUGGCAAUUCUCCCGGACUUCGAAACUGAUUUUUGCAUUGAAAAAAAAGAAAAAAGCAAAAAACAAAUGGAACAAUCUUGAUUAAUUCGGUACGUUUCAACUCGGAUUAACGAGCUGUAGUAUAUCAAAAAACGUAUUCGCAAUUGCAACAUCUUUUUUCUGUCCCAUUGAAUCAUGUAGAAAUGCGUUAUUUUUGUAUAUUCGUCUGUGCUUAAACGUGUUCUUGUUAUUUUUUACAACUUCAAUUAGGAUUAUUUAAAGAAAUUUUUUUUUCUCGUACUCACGUUGCCAAUUCAUCCGCAGGGCUAUGAAAAAGUAAUCGUACUUUCCUCGGCUAACGCUCGUUCUUUCGAAGAAAGUUCUAAACGACUUUUAAACACGUCCAAGCUAAAAGCAUAAACCAUGAAAAAAACAAUCUCACUAGGACAACUAAUUUUUGCGAGUAGUAUUGUGUCUUUUUUUUUGUUGAUAUGAUGCUCAAAUAGUUUAAGAUUUGGUAAUAUCACUAGUUUAGAAUGAGCUUUCCAAUUAUUUUUUUUCCUCCCUCGUUGCACAAGCUGGAAUAAAAAAAGCUUGAAGAAUCACAAUGAACAAAAGAAAAAUGUAUUUUCUUAUUUGUAAAAUCGUUAAAUGUUUGAAAACGAACGUAAUCCGAAAAAGCCUGGAAGGAUAUGGUCUGUUUUUGUAAGGCUGAUAAUGAAAAUAUAUUAUUUUUUCAUUUGAUGCAUGAAAUUAGAUUCUGAAUUAAAUGUUCUUUGCAAUUCGAAUCAUAAAAACUUUGUUUAGCGAGCAUCGGAAGAUCAUACUGUUUAUUUAUUCAAUCGAUUUUCCAUCUGAUCGUCUCAAUUCUCGAAAAACUUCAAGAAAGUUUCAAAACCAUUUCUAAAGCUCAGAACUAAAAGAACUGCAAGAAGUUAAUAAUCAUUGCCGGAAUGCCUUUGCUAUACAGAUACGUUGUACUUAAGGAGAUUGUCGCUUUCCAAAAAAUGUAUAAGCUCAUUUUUUCUCUCUAUUCUGACAGUGUAUUUGCAUGAUGCAUAUAUGUAUAUAUAUAUUUAUAUACAUGUGUGUAUGUGUAUGUAUAAAAAAUUGAACACAUUUAUUUUCACUGGUCUCGAUGCGCCGGACGUAGAGUUCAUUAAUAUUUUUUUUCCAUCACCAAUUGUUUAAGCUUUUUUUGCCGUUUAUUUUGCUCUCAACACUCAGCCCUCGGCACACAAUCUUUCGUCUAUUUAUUUAUAGAAAAACGCAAUUUUUCUUCGGUUCACAAAGCUAUGAUUGAAUGAUGGAAUGAUGAAUCGAUCGAUUCGUUGGCACGAGGAGAAAAUAAUAUACAAUUUGAAAGAACCUAUAUCGGGACGCGAACGAAUGAUUCGAGUAUAUGGCGGGGCUUCUUCAGGGUCUAUCCGAGGUGGAGGUUCCUAACAUAGAAUAAUAUACAAUAAAAAUAAUUUAAAAAUACAAAAAAAAGAGGAGAUUUUAAAAACAUGCGAAUAAAGUGAAUUAAUGAGACAAGUUGCAAUAUUAUUCCAAUGCUUUUUAUGAUCAGGAUAGCGUUCGAUAUUAUGAAAAAAAAAUAAAAUAAAAAACGAUAACCGAUCAGUACACAAACACGAUCUUCGAAAGGCCUUAGUUUACAUACUAGAGCUCGACUAUUAUUAUAUAAAAAAAGGAAACAAAAAAAAUGAAAAAAAAAAAUAUAAAUAUAUAUAUAAACGACGAAUUGUAAGUGGCGGGAAAUGUGCGGAAUGUUCCAGAGGAUGCCUCGGCCUCUUCUGCAACGCCGUUUCUUAACGUACACACGAAAAAGAACACUCACACAUGGACACGCGCGCGUGUGCACACAGACAUAAACAAGCUAUAUUUUUAUUUUUCUCACAAAAUACUUCUUCUUUUCCUCUUUAUCUAUCUAUCUAUCAAUCUCUCUCUCUCUUCUAUUUAUUCUCCCAACAUUUAACGAAUUAAUUUCGAGCAUGUUUUUCCGUUUACGAGAAUUAACGUGCGUACAUACUAUUUAUGAGGCCAACUAGUUAAGAAAUGAAAAACGAAGAAAAAAUAAUAAUGCAAAAAACCGCGAAGAGAGACAAAAAAUAAAGAAGAAAGAAUCAACGGAAAGCCAACAAACAAAAACCAACAGCAACUAUUCUGUUCAAGUGCCUUGUCUAUUUUCUUCGAGACAGCUCAUUUCAAUUGUUGGAGGAAUGUGAAUAAUGAAAAUGAAACAAAAAAGAUGAAAAAAAAGAAGAAGGGAAAGAAAAACGGAAGAAAAAAAAAGCAAACGGUUAUGUAUAUGAAAAAUAUCGAUAAUAAUUAUGUACUCGUGUAUGGAAUUUCGCGAAUGAGAUAACGAGAUGAAGAGAUAAAAUUCGAGCUGAUGAACACGACGAAAAAAAAACGCAACCAUGAAAUUCAAGGGUGUGAAAUUUAUAUGAAAUAAGCGCUGAUAAUUUUGCCAGAACGUUCUAACGCGAGAACACACCGUUGAAUUACAAUAGUAAAUAAUAUCGAACGGUAUACAGAAGAAAUUGCAAAAAAAAAAGAAAUUAAGAGAAGAAUAAAACUAAAAAUUCACUUAUAUUUUUUAGAUUUACAGCCAUUUUUAUAAGCCUACUUGGAUACGAUCGACCUAUACGUGUGUUAUCUUUUAUCUCCUCAUAAUUAAUUGUACUACGUUUGAAACGUCGUUUCAUUCGAUUGUGGUUAAAAACAAAUAAAUGAAACAAAAGGAAAGAGAGGACAAAUAAAGAAUUGCUCGUAACAAUGAAAUUCGUACGAUUAUGUCACAUAAUUCGCCAAAAAAAAUGAAAACAAAGAAAAACACGUGAACGAAAAAUUAUAAAUAUAUAUUAUAUAUACAUAUACAUAUAUAAAUGAAACUUCGUUUUCGGCCAUCGAAUAUCGUAAAAGGAAGCUCUGCAUGAACAUAAUAUCAUUUUAUAAUUGAUUUAUAGGGGGAUAUUAUAUUAUAGCUAGUGUAAUUUAUAAUUAUACUACUAUUGUAAACACAUAAUAAGCGAAUAUGAAUUGUUUUCUUUCGCUAUAAAACGUCAACAACAAGAACAAAAGUGAAAAUCUUUAAUAGCAUAAUACCACACACAUAAGUAAAUGAAAUGUUGUUAACCAA